AGAGAUCGAUGAAGGACACCGCCGAGCCAAAGGGCGGCAAGAUAGUAGUUGAGCCGGUGGAGGAGCUUGAUUUCGCUGAAGAUCCUGCGGAGGCACUGUUGAUACUUCUCAAUAUUACACACUUCCGGUUUACGGGCAUUCCAACGAACCUCCCCUUGAACAUCUUGUCGGGGAUUGCCAUCCUCUGCGAUCAAUAUGAUUGCGUUCACCUGGUCAAGCCUUGGUUGUCUCAAUGGUUGGCAAAUGAGAAUUCGGAGUGGAAAUCAACAGAUCCAACACCGACAAGAUUAGUUUUCGGAGCACGACCAGCACCACCAGCACCACCAGCACCACCUCGAGAGAAAUGGCUCUUUAUAGCUUGGGUCUUCGGUCGAGAGCAAGUCUUGAAGGAUUUGGCUUCCUUACUCGUCCGCGAGAUUUCAACCUAUAGCAAGGGAACUUGUGCAGCGCUGGCUGGUAAUCAUGGUCCAAUGCCUCCUGGAAUCAUUGAGAGUAUCCUCGUGUGUCGGCGGGUCACGAUCGCCAGACUCCUUGCAAUUACUGCUAAAUGUGUCAGUCCCUUCACCGACGACCCUAAUGAUAUCCUCUGUCUGUAUAUGAACGGCACCUGCGACGCAACUACGUAUGGAUCUCUCCUCCGCGGCCUCGACAUUGCCAAAGUCAACCCGAAGAUGAACGCGGAGGAAUAUCACAACUCGGUCAAGACCCUAAGCCAGGGGCUAAGCAAUUUGGUUAUUCACGUUCAUCCUCCGAAUUACGGAUCUUACGUUGCACAAGAUCACAGUAACUGCUUCACCACCGAUAUCAAGAAAGAGGUCGAGGCAGUCAUAGCAGGUAUUGGAGAUCCCGUUCUCGAAGACCAUUACUUCCAUAUGAGAGUGCAGCAAGCAAAGUUGAGAGGGAUGCUCUAGAAUCUACCAGAUCUCAGGAGGAUAUUGGCGACGUGGUUGGCAUGUAAUUUUACUCAUUUGGAAUUGGAAUUCAGGCUGCACUUCGGUGAAGAGAUAAUCAGGAAAGUUGAUAGCAAAAACCUUCCAUCGAG